AUAAAAACCGUUGAUUUGAUCUUUUCUUUUCUUUUUUAUUCUUUGAAAAUUCCGUUUUUACUAUUUUAUGCUUCUUUCUCUCGUCUGCUCACUCUUUUUCCCUCAUUCUUCAUUUCUCGCUCUAUUUGCUUUUUUUUGUGUAAUUCUCAUAUUCUCAGACGUAAUUUAUCCUUAAUUCGAAAGGAGAUCAUUACGGCCAAUUGCACUUGUCUUUUUGUCUUGAACACAACAACCACAACUGCUUUUGUACCAUUCACUCGGUUACUUUACAUACACAUACACAAAAUUUUUUUGACACAAACAAAAAAAAUCCUUGUGCAAAAGCUCUCUCGCAUCCUGACGACCUGAUUGACCUGAUACAUCAGAUAAGCAUGGCUUCAUCACAACUCAGAGUCUUGAUUGUAGGAGCUGGCCUUGGUGGUCUCACCUUAGGUCUUUUAUUGGAACAGGCUGGCAUACCAUUCAUCAUCCUGGAAAAGCAUGCAGGGGAGCUGAUCCCAUUGGGUAGCAGCAUCUCAUUAAAUCAAUCAAUCCAACCCCUGUUUGAACAAUUGGGAAUGCUUCCAGAACUUGAAGCCAUCUCCAAGCCUAUUAGUUCCAUGACUUUUCUCAAAGAAAGUAUGACAAAAAUUGGCUCGAUUGAUCUUUACUCCGAUUCAAAGAGUCGAUAUGGAUAUCACAACAGAAUCAUGGAUCGUCCUUCGCUCUACAAACUCCUCCUAUCAAGAAUCCCAAAAGAAAGGAUCAUCACUGGGAAGCGCGUCUGUGACAUCGAGCAAAAUCAAGAACGUGUACUGGUGCGGUGUACAGAUUCCAGCUACUUUGUCGGGGAUAUCCUCGUGGGUGCAGAUGGCGCCUAUUCCUGCGUGCGACAGUCUCUUUACAGAGACUUGCAGUUUCAGAACCUGCUUCCUAAAUCGGAUAUGGCCCCAUUAGCCUUCGAUCAUCACUGCCUUGUAGGCAUCACAGAUCCAAUCGAUCCCAUCUAUUUUCCCGACUUGACCAGAGACACCUGUGAUAUGAUGGUAGUCAUUGGGAAAGACAAGCCUUAUUCGUGGUGGUUGAUUCCUCUCACUAAGAAUAGAGUGGCAUGGCGUGUCACCUAUAACCUCCCUACAACGCAGAUCAGACAAGAGCAUAAUAUCCGUUCCUCAGACUGGGGUCCAUCGCAGGUUAAGGAGAUGAUUAACCAAUGUAGAGAUUUCGUAUGCCCAUAUGGAGGCACAUUGGCAGAUGUGAUUGACAAGACACCAACCGAUAGAAUAUCAAAGGUUCUUCUUGAAGAAAAGUUCUUUGAAACCUGGUAUCAUGAGCGAACAGUGCUAAUGGGUGAUGCAUGCCACAAGGUUGUUCCUCAUGCUGGACAGGGAGCAGCACAGGCAAUGUUGGAUGCUGUGAGCCUUGCCAACCUAUUAUAUGAGAUACCGUCGACAUCGCCACAAGAUAUUCAAGCAACGUUUGAGGCCUAUUACCGAGAACGAGCCGUAUGUGGUAAAGCCGCAGUACAGGGCAGUCGGCACAUGGGGCGACUUAGUGGUGGACACAAAUGGACUGAGACACUUAUCCGGAAUAUGUUCCUAAACAUUUUACCCAGCAAGAUUCAGGAGACUAUCCUAGAUAAGAUGCUCUCCUAUCGUCCCCAGGCCAUUUUCCUCCCAUUUGUUGAGGAUCGAGGUGAAUUCAAGGCACGGUCGCAAACACCGUCAAAACGGAUGCGCUCGGUCUCUGGGCUUUGUCUCCGUCAGUUCAAACAACACCUGUAACAAAGGAUCAUGAAC